UUGUUUUCUGUUUCUUUCCUCAGAUUGUGCAGCCUCACUCUUAAGAAGCUGGUUGUGAUGAGGGAACUUGAUAAAGAGCUCAUUUCUGUGGUCAUCGCCGUGAAAAUCCAGGGCUCCAAACGUAUUUUGAGGUCCCAUGAGAUUGUACUGCCACCCAGUGGGUCAGUGGAGACUGACCUGGCCCUCACCUUCUCACUGCAGUACCCACACUUCUUAAAACGAGAAGGAAACAAGCUGCAGAUCAUGCUCCAAAGGCGAAAGAGAUACAAGAACCGAACCAUCCUGGGCUACAAGACUCUUGCAAUGGGAUCUAUCGAUAUGGCAGAGGUGAUGCAGCACCCAACAGAAGGAGGUCAGGUUCUGCCUCUCUGCAGCAACCAGAAAGACAUGCUGGGCAAAGUGGCAGAGAUCUGGAUAUUUUCCCUUUCCAGCCAGCCAAUAGACCACGAAGAGGCCGCCCUGCAGGGAGGACAGAAGAUCAAAUGCUCCGAUAACUACUCAGAAGAGGAGUAUGAGAGCUUCUCCUCGGAGCAGGAAGCCAGCGACGACGCUGUGCAGGGACAGGAUCUUGAAGAUGAUGAGUUUGAUGUGAGAAAGCCAAAGAAACAGAGAAGGUCCAUCGUGAGGACUCCCUCCAUCACCAGACAGCAGAACUUUAAGCAGCGAGUGGUGGCUCUCCUGAAGCGGUUCCGAGUAUCAGAUGAGGUCUUGGACUCGGAGCAGGACCCCGCGGAGCCCCCUCCCGAGGUGGAGGAGGAGGACCUGGACCUGGACAGCGUGGAGUUCGAGAACCCCAGCGACAGCGGCCCCGAGCUGGACGACGACGACAGCGUCCUCAGCACGCCAAAACCCAAACUCAAGCCAUAUUUCGAGGGCCUCUCCCUCUCCAGCUCUCAAACAGAAAUUGGCAGCAUCCAUAGCAGCCGGAGCCACAGGGAGCCUCCCAGCCCGCUUGAUCUGGAUAAAACCAAGUGUGGUGGGGGCAAAUUUCCAGAUGAUGGUGUGUCUGACAACACUUCCUUCGAGCAUCCGGAGGCGGUGACCCCCACCACAGAACUGGAGAUGGACAACAUGGACACGUUCAUGGAAAGGCUGCCACCAAGUGGCAAAAUGACCAAGACAGAAUCUCUCAUCAUAUCAUCCAACAGGUACAUAGGCCUGCAGGAACCGAAGUUGGCGGGGAGACGAGGGAGGAGCACAUCGCUGAAGGAGCGGCAGCCCAGCCGGCCGCAGAACGAGAGGGCCAACAGCCUGGACAACGAGCGGUCCCUGGACACCCGCUGCCACCUGCAGAUACCGAGAAAAACAGUUUACGACCAACUGAACCACAUUCUGGUAUCGGAUAACCAACUCCCCGACAGCAUCAUCCUCAUCAAUACGUCCGACUGGCAGGGCCAGUACCUGUCGGAGAUGCUGCAAAACCACAACCUGCCAGUGGUCUGCACCUGCACCACCGCCGACAUCCAGGCUGCGUUCAACACCAUUGUGUCGCGCAUACAGAGAUUCUGCAACUGCAACUCCCAGACGCCCGUUCCCAUUAAGAUCGCCGUGGCCGGAGCGCAGAACUACCUCAGUGCACAUCCAGUGUCCAAAUACCUUGGCACCAUUGACUAUCGAUACAACAGCUUGUUCCAAGACGCUGCCUGGAGGGAUCUGUUCCACAGGCCAGAGGCUCCUGUAGUUGCUCAGGAGAACCCUGACGUGGUGUCGAGAGUGACCCAAUACAUGAUGGGAGCUAACGGAGCCCACCAGCUGCCCAUCGCAGAGGCCAUGCUCACAUACAAGCAGAAGAGGAAAAAGAGCUUUCAUUUUGAUUUUGCAGUAAGCCCUGAUGAGGAUUCCUGUCAGAAAUUCAUCCCAUUCAUUGGGAUGGUGAAAGUUGGCAUUGUGGAGCAAACAUCUGCGACAUCAGGCAAGUCUCUGUUUAAGAUACUUGGAUGUUUAACUUCCACGCCUAAUGGUUGCGAAAAGGCUGCUUGUCACAGUGGAGACUCGGAUGACGCGGCGCCGCUGGGUUCCUCUCUGCUCUCCUCCACCCCUCCACAAGUAUCACCUGCCCUCAAAGAGGCUUCUCCCACGCCGCCCUCCUCGCCCUCCGUCAACACCAGCUUCUGCGCUUACAGUUCCAGCAGUCCGGGGGAGCUGAUGGGUCUGCAGGUGGACUACUGGGUGGCUCCGACAGAGAGGAAGAAAGAGGUGGAGAAGCGGGACUCCUCCACCAAAAACACCCUGAAGUGCAAUUUCCGCUCGCUGCAGGUCAGCCGGCUGCCGCUCGGGGGCGCAGAGCCCAGCCCGCAGCCCACCAUGUCCAUGACUGUGGUGACCAAGGAGAAGUAUAAGAAGGUCAUGUUUCUGCCGAAGAAGAGCAAAGACAAGGAGGUGGAGUCCAAGAGUCAAGUGAUCGAGGGCAUCAGCCGCCUCAUCUGCACUGCCAAGCACCAGCAGACCAUGUUAAGGGUGUUGAUUGAUGGCGUCGAGUGGAACGAUGUGAAGUUUUUCCAGUUGGCGGCCCAGUGGUCCUCACAUGUCAAACACUUCCCCAUUGGGAUCUUUGGACACAGUAAAGGCCCUUACUAG